AAGUAGGAACAAGUUCAUGCCUCUCUAAGUAUCUAGUUUGUGCUCUUUUCAAAUUGAUGCAUAACCUUUAUCGAAGUGUUUAUCUGUAUACAAGAGUGCAUUUAGUUAUAUAUAAUUUUCAUAAAUACAAUGUUACCUUUAACUUUAUUGAAGACGGCGCAAAAUCAUCCCAUGCUGGUAGAGCUGAAAAAUGGAGAAACGUACAAUGGUCAUUUAGUUAGUUGCGACAACUGGAUGAAUAUAAAUCUCAGAGAAGUCAUAUGUACAUCAAGGGAUGGUGACAAGUUUUGGAGGAUGCCUGAAUGCUAUAUAAGAGGCAGCACGAUAAAAUAUUUGAGAAUUCCUGAUGAAGUAAUUGAUAUGGUAAAGGAAGAUAUACAAAUGAAAUCAAGGGGGCGUGGUGAAAUGAAAGGUCGGGGCCAAACUCAAAGAGGACGUGGCAGUGGAAGAGGUACCUUUGGUAGAGGAGGAAGAGGUCCAGCGCCAUUAAGUCGUGGAGGUGGCACACAAGUUGGGAAUAAAUCACAAAAUAAGCCAAGACCUAAAUGAAACUAAAUAUAUUAUCUAUAUUCUAUUGCGAUUGAAUCUACUAUGAAUACUUCGAUGUCGUUGAUACUUUUUACAAAAGUUUCUUGUAAUCUAAUGUUUUUAUAAUUUUGUCUUAUAUAAUUUCGUAUGUACAAACUUGGUACAACAAAUGGAUUUAUGUAAUGAAAUUAUAAAAAAUCAGUACAUGAUGUAUUCAUAGUAAUAAUAUUGAUCUUAAUCUUAUAUUUGUAUGCUAAAAUGAGCUGUAAAUUAGAUUUAUUUAUAUAUUGCAUAUAUAAAGAGUCACAAUAUCAAACUUCAUGUGUCACUUGUGUC